CGUCGCCGGAGUUAUUCAUCGCGAAGUUUCAAGCGCCCUGUAUCGAGGGCUCAUCUAUCGGAAGAUCAUGCCUUCGAAUUCUACGUUUAUAGAACUCUACCUAGAAUUAGGGUUUUUGGUAACAGGGUUUAGUAGCGUGAUUAUCGUAAUCUGAUUACUUUGUUUCUGGUAACGUAUGUUAGCUCACGUUUUCUCCAGAAGAACGAGCUUCCUUGUACGUUUCUUCCACGUCGCUAAGAAGUUCUCGAAUCCUGAGCCUGAAGACAUUCUCUUUAGUGCUCUCUGUUUGAAUUUAAAACAGAGAAGAUGGAACACUCUUCAUCAGUUCUCUUCAAAUCUCACAAAUCCGUUGAUAAGUCGAGUUCUUCGCGAGUUUCGAAGCUCACCUAAGCUAGCUCUAGAGUUCUACAACUGGGUUUUAGGUAAUAAUAAUGUUGCUAAGUCUGAGAAUCGUUUCGAAGCUUCUUGUGUGAUGAUUCAUUUGCUGGUGGAAUCGAGAAGAUUUGAUGAGGCUUUAUCAAUAAUGGUGAAUUUGAUGUCUGUCGAAGGUGGAAAGCUGAGUCCUUUACAUGUUUUGUCGGGUUUGAUUCGAAGUUACAAAGCCUGUGGUUCGAGUCUUGAUGUGUUUGAUUCAUUGGUUAGAGCUUGUACACAGAAUAGUGAUGCUGAAGGAGCUUAUGAAGUGAUUGGGAACACGAGAGCAGAGGGUUUUUGGGUUUCUGUUCAUGCCUUGAAUAAUUUUAUGGGUUGUUUAUUGAAUUUGAAUGACAUUGAUUGGUUUUGGAAGGUUUACAAGGAGAUGGGUUCUUUAGGGUAUGUUGAGAAUGUGAAUACUUUUAAUCUUGUCAUUUAUUCGUUUUGUAAGGAGAAUAAGUUGCUUGAAGCGUUAUCAGUGUUUUACCGGAUGCUGAAAUGUGGGGUUUGGCCUAAUGUUGUUAGUUUUAAUAUGAUGAUUGAUGGAGCUUGUAAAGCUGGGGAUAUGGGAUUUGCUUUGCAGCUCUUAGGGAAGAUGGGAGUGAUGUCUGGAUUCUUUGUCUCACCUAAUGCUGUGACGUACAAUUCUGUUAUCAAUGGGUUUUGCAAGGUGGGGAGAUUGGAUUUGGCGGAAAGAAUCCGUGGUGACAUGGUUGAUUCAGGUGUUGGUUGCAAUGAAAGAACCUAUGGAGCUUUAGUUGAUGCGUAUGGUAGAGCUGGAAGUUCAGAUGAAGCUUUAAGGUUGUGUGAUGAGAUGACAAGUAAGGGACUUGUGGCGAAUACUGUUGUCUGUAACUCUAUUGUUUAUUGGCUGUUUAUGGAAGGUGACACUCAAGGAGCUAUGACGGUGUUGCGUGAUAUGAUCAGUAAAAAAGUGCAAAUUGAUAAGUUUACUCAUGCCAUUGUUGUAAGAGGUUUAUGCAAAAACGGAUAUGUUGAGGAAGCUGUUGAGUUUCAGAGACAGAUUUCAGAGAAGAAACUUGUGGAAGAUGUAGUUUGUCACAAUACGCUUAUACACCAUUUCGUAAGGGGUAAAAAGCUGGCAUGUGCUGAUCAGAUUCUGGGACAUAUGUUGGUUCGUGGUAUGGUUCUUGAUGUGAUUACGUUUGGUACUUUGAUUAAUGGUUACCUAAAGGAAGGGAAGUUGGAAAGAGCUAUCGAUAUAUAUGAUGGUAUGAUCAAAAUGAAGAAAGCGCCGAAUCUUGUGAUUUACAAUUCAAUUGUGAAUGGUUUAAGCAAAAGAGGAUUAGCUGGUGCAGCAGAAGCGGUUGUGAACGCUAUGGCAAGCAAAAACGCUGUAACUUACAACACGCUGUUGAACGAGUCUCUCAAAACCGGGAAUGUGGAAGAAGCUGUCAACAUCAUAUCUAAAAUGCAGACACAGGAUGGUGAGAAGUUGGUCAGUUUGGUGACUUACAACAUCUUGAUCAAUCACUUAUGCAAGUUUGGUUGUUACGAGAAAGCGAAAGAGGUCUUGAAGAUUAUGGUUGAAAUAGGUGUUGCUCCGGAUCCUAUAACAUAUGCAACUUUGAUCACAUCGUUUAGUAAGAAUCUCGGGCAAGAAGAAGUCAUUGAGCUUCAUGAUUACAUGAUUCUUCUAGGAGUUACACCUCAUGAACAUAUAUACCGAUCUAUCGUUCAUCCACUACUUGAUGGAGUUAAUUCAAGUCCGUAGCACACUAAACUACUGAAUCAUUCGGAGGGUUUUCUUGUGGAGGCUGUAUUCUUGUUCGUACACGUGGGGAGCCUUGGAGGAUUCUUGUAAUCAACGGUCAGUGUUGGAAAUAGGAUCGUGCCUAGUCCUGACGUGGACUUGUAAAUAGAAGAUUGUCUGACACGUGACGGUUACGCACCGGCCAAAGCGAUUUCGUUGUCACGAGCUAUUUAGAACGAAGACCACAUUUACGUUACUAACCACGUUUGAUUGCUUAUGGAAUUAACCGUCCAGAUUGAUGCUAUGUUGCUUAGACACCGUAAGGAGUAUUACCUGAGAAGCAGACGAAUAAUAUAUAUAUCUCCCAUGAAUUGCUACAAGUUAAAAAAAUGAAUGGCUGCGUAUGAGAGACUGCGAUUUGUAUAAAAUCUUCUGUUGUAACUUUGCUAGAUGUCAAGUUGUCAACAUAUCAGAGCACACCUUAGCUUUUUUAAUUGAUUUUAUAAUAUUAUUAAUCAACGCAUGGAUUCCCAUGACUAUUUAAUUUA